AUGGAAGGUGGUACAAGUGAGACUACUUCUAAGGGUAGAAAAGAUCCUGCAUGGAAUUAUUCUCGCAUGGCUUAUCCACCAAGGACAAAUGACUUAGUCUGCAACUUUUGCUCUAGAAUUAUCAAGGGUGGAGUUUAUCGAAUGAAAUAUCAUUUCAUUGGAGGAGAUACAAUGGUUACUCCUUGUUUAAAAUGUCCACCUCCCGUACGUCAAGAAAUACAAGAGUAUAUGGGAAGAAAGGCUGCAUCUAGUGUAAGUGCUAAUAUAGUACCAGACUUGGAGGAUUUGGGUUAUGGAAAUGAUGAGCAGAACUUAGACGAGGUUGAUGCAUCUAAGGGUUCGAAAGGAGCAAGUAACAAAUCAGCAGCCCUGGGUAAAACACCAAAGCAAAAAGGACCUUUGAAUGUCUAUUUUGCUCUUACUCCAGAUCAAAUUAGCAAAAAGGCAAAGACAUCAAAACAAACCACCAUCAAUAAUGCAUGCAAAAAGUAG